AAUGGUACUUACCAAUGUCUGCGCAUGCUUAUCAUUAAACGUGACGUCAUCAGAAAAAGUACCUUGAACACUGACGAAAUUAGUUCCCGAAUUUGGGACGUUUUUCGUCCAUUUCCUGGCAACAAUAGGAAACUAAAGCCGGCUGAUCGCAGGAGUGUAUGAGAGAUGGCCCAGAGGAGAGCACCCACCACAGCGACCCAGCGGCUGAAGCAGGACUACCUGCGGCUGAUGAAGGAUCCUGUGCCUUACAUCACUGCAGCACCCCUCCCAUCUAACAUACUGGAAUGGCAUUAUGUUGUGAAAGGACCAGAAAACUCCCCAUAUGAAGGGGGACAGUACCAUGGGAAGCUUGUGUUCCCCAGGGAGUUUCCUUUCAAGUCCCCCAGUAUCUACAUGAUGACUCCAAAUGGACGCUUUAAAUGUAAUACCAGGUUGUGCCUGUCCAUCAGUGACUUCCACCCAGACACGUGGAACCCUGCCUGGUCUGUGUCCACCAUACUCACUGGUCUGCUUAGCUUCAUGUUGGAAACAACCCCAACACUUGGCAGUAUAAACACAUCAGAUUAUGUGAAGAGACAACUGGCUCUACAGAGUGGACCAUACAACCUGAAAGACAGAACGUUUUGUGAACUCUUCCCAGAAACUUCCGAGGAGAUAAGAAGAGAUCUUGCCAAGAGAGAAGCCGAGUUGACCCGAGCACACGAGGCAGCCAGCAGUGGGAACUCCUCCGCAGAUCCCAGACAAGACAACGGUGGCAUCCCCGACCCAGCCGGCGCUAACGGAGGCAUGAUAGGCAGCACUCUGGCCAACAUUUUUGUAAUCGUAGGAUUUGCUGCAUUUGCCUAUACAGUCAAAUAUGUGUUAAGAACAAUGGCACAGCAAUGAUGUACAAAGUGUCUGUACAGUAGAUAAGGGGGAGGGGGGUAUAUGGACACCAUUGUGCUACAUGAAGGUAACAUUUGUAGCUAGACUUGUCUGACCACAUUUAGAACCUGGAGAUUAUGUACAUUACUAUAGAAAGUACACAAAGUACAGUGUUGUACUAAUGAUUAUAAUAACUCAUUCUGGUUUGAAUGAUAUCUAACUCCAAACGUUUCCAACCACACCAAGAAGGAAUGAAAAUGCAAAAGCUAUUUGUUAAUUAUCAGGUUCAGUUUGACUUGAGAUUGGAGUUUUAAAAAAUUUUUUGGUUAUGAGAGAUGAGAGGAAUUAGUGAGGCUAUUGCCUGUCCU